AUUUUGUAUUUACCAUAAUAUCAUUUAUGGGAGAUAAACCUUCAGUUUAUCCGUCAUGUUCAAGAACGUCAGGAAAUGCUUCUUGGAAUUUUUGGAAGGGAUUUUUCCUCAUUGCUUUUCAGAUAAAUAUUGCGAAAAUAUUAGCUUUCGCGAAUAUCCGUCCUCUGUUUGUGAGAUCUGUUUUAUGUGAUGGAGAUGUGUGGAAAAGCAAUCUUUUUGGGAUGUCUUAUGAUUCUCUCAGGAUUAUGUGAAGGCAACAUUCGUGAAUCGCGAUCACCGAAGUUCCACAAAUUAGGACUAUUAGGCCUCCUUGGAGGAGGAGGGUUUCACGGAGGUCCGUCAUAUAAUGCAGGAUAUGGGGGGCAUGGUUAUUAUCAAGGACCUUCACACAACACAGGACACGGAGGAGGUUUCGGCGCCAGUGCUGCUCAAGCUCAAGCCCAAGCAGGAGGUGGGCAUGGAGGUGGUGCUCAAGCCCAGGCCCAGAGUCAAAGCCUUUCUUUUGGAUUGGGUCCUUUCGGUUUCGGCGGUUCCAUCUCACAGAGCCAGUCACAGGCGCAGUCAAGAAGAGGAUAUGAUUAUUAUGAUUACUGAGGAGGAUGUUCUUCAAGAAGUAAGAGUACCUAAUCAUAAAACAAAAUUUAUGAGCUUCUAAGUUAUAAACUUCUGGAAAUAAGAAGAUUAUAAUUAAGUAGGUCAUUUUUAUUACUCAUAUGUAAUAACAUCCAAAGAUUGUAUUAUUUCUGAAAUUGUGAAUUAUUUUACAAAUUAAAUAGUACCCUAAUA